AUGGCGGAGUUCAUAACAGCCUUACAAGAAUUCAAAAAUUUGCCUCCCGGACUCCAUAUCUUCUGCCCCCGGCAAAGCGACGUCGACACCGACAGAUACGACGACGAACAAAACCCCGACUCGGAUGACCCGAUUCGCUAUGCAAGGAUUGAAGAGACCAAGGGACGACGGAGGAGGUUUAUAUCGUCACUCCAACUCCUCGCCUAUGAUGGGAAAGAAAGCGAGCAGUACCAACGGUUUAUUUGGGACACCCUCGAGGAAGCCCUGGGAAAAUGUGACCUUUGCAUACGCGAGUACUACAUUGCGAAAGUCGGCUUUCUGGAUGCUCUUAGGGAGGACUACGAAGAGGAUGAUGUUGCCAAUUUCUUCGCCCUGAUCAAUCGAAGGGAUGUCCAACGGAUUGUUCAGGGACUCGACGCUGCUGACCAGACUCUGCGAAGUGUUCCGGAACAAAAGAGAGGGACUGCGGUACUGAACCCCAAACACCUUCACGCUCUGUUUGAGGCACUCGUAUCUCAGGCAUUCCUAGAUGAUGAAGAGAAAUUGAAAACCCAUUUCGAUGGGCCUUUCAGGAUGAUACAGACGAAAAAGGUGCUCAAGAUGCGGGAUAUCCUUCCAGCAGCCACACGAUUUCUUUUUGACUCCAACACAAUCAGAGUGGUUUGGGCAAGUUCGAUCUGGACCCGACUCGAUCGAUGUCCCACGGACCUUGAAUGGGAUUGGGCAGUGAAAGACUAUCUUCAGAAGAAGCUGCAGACGGCUUCAGAUCCUCACGAUGUUGCGAAACUGUGGAGUGCUUUGGACCUCAUUGUCCAGAAGCUCGACGAACGGUUGAUCACCUACAAACUCUUCGACCUUCAACCAAACUUGUGCACAACAGCAUUGAACCACUUGGUCAAGCGGACGACUGCUGUCCCUUCCAUUCUUUCGACCCUCAAACAGAUACUGGACAAGGCCCCGGAUGCGUUUUGGCAGGCCAUGGGCUCCAUCUCCUCACAGACAAUUAUUGAGCAGAUCUUCGCAAGUCCUUUGUUCAACAAGGACCUCCAAGAAGCUACGGCUGCUCUCCAGGACUCCGCUCCGACUGUCCUGUCUUGGAUUAGUUCAUUGCUCGAUUCUCUCAGACCUGCCAACCGGCCGCCCGCUGCACAUACACUCCUCAACCAAUUGUACGAAAGAAUUGACAAUGUCUCCCUCAGCCUUGCAGCAAGAAGGGCGUGCUUUGAACAGGCUGUAAAUGUGCUGUUAAAGACAGUCAUGAGUUUCACCGGUGAAGACGAGGACACCCAACAUCCGAUCGAGCGGUUAGUCUAUCUUGAUACCCUGAAUCUGGUUGGUCACCGUCUAGACGGGAUGCUGCGGCCCAGGGAUCAGGCGCUUGCCAAAUCACUGCAGCACCGAACUCGAGAAGAUGCUGUCAACCUCGUCAAAAACUCAAUCGCCUUGGAAUGUAAGUGUUUGAAGCUCGAUUUCGAGAAUCUCAGUCGCAAUGAAUCUCGGAGGCAGGAAUCAAGUGCCUACACUCCAGAGAUCUGGACCUCAGUCAUUGACAAUCUGAGGGACGAUGAUUGCGCUUUAUCUACUGCGGCACUGAUAGCGAUCAUGUCCCUUCCCGGCCUGGAACAGUUCCGAGUCAGAGAAGGCGACAGCCUCGCCAAAGAAAAGAAGUCGUACAACGCUAUCUUUGAAAAGGUAAACCGAAUGAUCAGCAAGCUACUAGAGCGCAUAUCCGAGUUUCAGCCACCCCAUCUGGACACCCUAUUCAGACAACAAGAUACAAGCAUGUCUCUGGUAGCAGCUUUGUUUUCUCCCCACCAGGAGAUAUAUGAAGCAGCAAUAGCAAUGGUCAAGCAUAUCAGCGGAGAGUCAGGUCGAAAGGAAGCUCUGGCCCAUUUAAUCAACGCUUUUCUCGGAACUACCAUAUAUGGUGUAUGCUGGCUGUUUAGGCGAGUAGCCAACUACAAGACCUUUGCCUCAGUACCCAGAAUGCUCAAGACUGGUAUGGAAAUCCUCGACGUGCUCUGCAACCCAACAGAUGGCCUCCUACGCCGCGUGCAGAUGUCGGGCCGCGACCUCAAAGCUGUACAGAGCUAUUGGUCAUACCAAUGGAUCGCUUUGAAGACAAUCUACGGCCACACGGAGCGCUGGUCGCUGGAAGUGCACAACAAGGAUGUCAUGAAAGAGGUCUGCCGUGAUGCCAUGCAAUAUGCUGAAGAACUGUUCCAUCAAUACGACCUUUUCGCGAGCGUUUUGACAAAGGCAAAGCCGGACAAGGCUGACGAGAUUCGAAAGUCGCUCUUGGACUCGGCUAGCGCCAGUGAGAAGAACAUAGGCUCACCCUUGAGUGCUCUAGAUACCAUGUGCAAAUGGCUCAGACUGAGGGACGAGUAUUUAGCCGACACACUAGUAUCGUUAAUCUGCAAUAUGCUGUACCAACUCAAACGACUCCGGGCUGUGGUGACCAACAGUGAAGGUCUUGCAUACGUGGAAGAUGUGGCGACAGGAAGCACCGUCAGAACAAUGCUAUCAGCCUCACAAAAGGCUCGACUCGUACGGGCUCUGGAAGACUACUUUGACCGCCAAAUUGGAAGACCGGCCAUCAAGAAGCAAGCGACGCUCAAUCUGGGGAAAUGGACCGAUUCAGCUGCCGCUUCAAGAAUCUCUACCCCAGAGUCGAGGGAUCGUACCGCCGACGAAUUCGGAGACGACGACAUCGCUGAUGAGGACCUCAUUGAGAUUGCCAGCAAAACACUUGAUACGCACAAAGCAAGAGUCACAGCCAAGGACAAGACGAAGAUCAAAUCCCUACUCUCGCAGCAGGCGCCCGCAGCACCAAAGACCGCACCAGCAUCUACAAUAGACGUUCAAGCGAAGAAGGCGCAAGAGGCUAAGGCCUUCAUUGAGAAUCGAAAGCGCGAAGAAGCAGCCCGAAAACUCCGAGACAAGGAGGCUGCUCUCAAACUAAAGGGCAAAACCGGAAUCGGUGCUCAGACAAGCGGACAAGGUUCAGGACUUGCUGGGCUGGGAGUUGUGGGCAAAGACCAUUCGGCAGGUCCAAACAGUCUCAUGGUGUCUAGCGAGUCCGAAUUUGACUCAGAUUCGGACGAUGAAUUGUUUGGCAUUCAACCGAGGGGUCCUACAGUUCGUGAUCAGCUUAGACAGAGGAAGCCCCUCCCAGCUGGCCCUGUGCGUAAGGUCAAGCAACAACGAACCCAGAAGGAUAUUCGUGCCCGACUUGCUCCUGACCUAAGUGAGCUGCAUCGCACAAUCCUUGGCUGGGAUUUCUUUGCAGAGACCGAUACACCUCCCAAUUCUGCGACGGAUGACUACACCCUUGUCACAAACACGUUCCGAACUGCACAGGACUAUCAGAAGACGUUUGAGCCGCUGCUGGUGCUGGAAGGCUGGCAGAGCUUUCGUGCGGCACGGGAGGAGGGCAAUUUCAAAGCCUUUGAGGUCAAAGUUGCCAACUCACUGAUCGUGGACAGCUUCUUUGAGAUCAACUCCUCGAUGUCUUUCUCAGAGGGGAAGGAUCUCGGCAUCGGGGUUUCGGAUGUCGUUUUGUUGUCCAAGUCCAGCAAACCGGAUCAGGAUUCCAGCGAGCCUCACUGUCUAGCCAGAGUCAAAGAGAUUUCCAGGAAGAAAGGAGAAGUCCAGGUCGUCUAUCGGGUGAAUGCUGCAAACAAUCCGCUACGCCCAUUCCUGAACGACAAAGCCGUUGUCUACGGUGUGCAGAUCUUGUCACUGACACCAUUGGAGAGGGAGUAUGGUGCGCUCAUGGCCCUACAGUACUAUGAUCUAUGCGACGAGAUCAUCAGAGCGCAACCUUCACCCAUCCUUGAUUAUGCGGGAGAAGUGCUCCAGCCAAUCAAGACGACUUACAAUGUCAACUUUGCGCAAGCUAAAGCUGUAAAGUCCGCCCUUGACAACGAUGCAUUCACUUUGAUUCAGGGUCCUCCCGGUUCCGGCAAGACCAAAACUAUCUCUGCACUUGUUGGUGCCAUGUUGACGGGCUUUGUCAAGAGGCAAGAUAACAGCGCUGGAAGAUCGAAUACAGCUGCUUCCGCGGCGCGACCACCAUCUUCCAGCAAAAAAAUCCUAGUGUGUGCUCCCAGCAAUGCCGCUGUGGACGAGUUAGUGAUGCGAUUCAAGACGGGGGUUACAUUGUUGGACGGCACUUUUGAGAAGAUAUCAGUCGUUCGCUUGGGUCGCAGCGAAGUGAUUAACACUAAUGUCAAAGAUGUGACUCUUGAGGAACUGGUCAACGCUAAGCUCAGCGCCGCUGCACCUAGGGGUCCAGGAGAAGACAUCCAUGGACUAAUGAUGCAGCAUAAAGAAGUCUCAGAAGAACUGAGAAAUCUCCGAGACUCGAUCCAAGAUCGCCGAGGCAAAGGUCAGUCAGUCCCAACCACUGACGAACAACUGAUGGACGCUCUUCGGCGCAAGCAAAACGGGCUGGGUAGCAAAAUCGAUGACCUGAGAGAAAAGCAGAACACUGCGUCUCGGGAUGUAGAACUCAGUCGAAAACGAAUUCAACAGGAGAUUCUGGACUCGGCACAUGUUCUCUGUGCAACUCUGAGCGGAAGCGGACACGAGUUAUUCCAGAGCCUCAAUGUCGAAUUUGAGACAGUCAUUAUCGAUGAAGCUGCACAGUCAAUUGAACUGUCGGCAUUGAUUCCUCUCAAAUAUGGAUGCUCGAAGUGCAUCCUGGUUGGCGAUCCGAAACAAUUACCACCAACCGUUCUGUCGCGCAAAGCAGCCAAAUUUCAGUAUGAACAGAGUCUGUUCGCCCGUAUGGAACACAACCACAAGAAAGAUGUACACCUUCUCGAUACGCAAUAUCGUAUGCAUCCGGAAAUCAGUCUGUUCCCAAGCAAGUCCUUCUACGACUCCUUAUUGAAGGACGGCGAAGGCAUGGCCGAGCUUCGUCGGAAGCCGUGGCACCACAGUGAAAUUUUCGCACCUUAUCGCUUCUUUGAUGUUCAAGGAAUGAGUCAAGCAGCAAGCAAGGGGCACUCAUUGGUCAACGUUGCUGAGAUCAACGUCGCCAUGCAACUGUACCGGAGAUUGACGACAGAUGUGCGCAAAUACGACUUUACAGGAAAGAUUGGCAUCAUCACCCCAUACAAGGGCCAGCUGAACGAACUCAAACGCCGCUUCAGGGAUCAAUAUGGCGAGGCUAUCUACUCGAAGAUUGAUUUCAACACGACAGAUGCAUUCCAGGGUCGAGAGAGUGAGAUCAUCAUUUUCUCUUGUGUCAGAGCUUCAACCCAAGGAAUUGGUUUCCUUAACGACAUACGACGUAUGAACGUGGGUCUAACCCGCGCCAAAUCCUCCCUUUGGGUUCUGGGCAACUCGCAAGCACUUGUGCGAGGCGAGUACUGGCGUGCUCUGGUCACGGACGCCAAAGCCAGGAAUUUAUACACUGAUGGUGACCUGACCAGGCUGCUCAGCCGACAGCUAUUGACGGAGGACAUGAUGAAAGACGAUAUUGAGAUGCUUGACUGCAAUGUCUCUUUGUCCGAAACUGUGAGGUCUCCCACAGUCGCCGAACGACCAUUCAGUGGCAAGCCAGACUCUAAAGAACCAGCACCAGCACCAGCACCAGCACCGGUGAAAGAACGGAAAGACGCUUCUCGGCCGAUGAGUGCCGUGGAUCAAGCUACUCCGUCAUCGCACAGGCCACAAAGCGCUCUUUCAAGACAACCUUCGACAGCCUCCUUCACUCGACCAGAGCCGAAGCGACAGGACUCAGGACCCUUGGUAGGAAAACGAGAUCUCCCCAAAAUCGAUAGCACAACUGGAAGACGUAUUGUUUCGAAUGGAUCACGGCCUAUGGAACCUAAGACCGUGGCUACGACUCCAAGAGCUGACUCUGGCGAUUACAAUCCUUCUGGCGGUAGCAACGGCCUCAACGACCUCCGUAACUGCACAGUUUGUGGGUCCUAUGAGCAUCGAGCGAUUGAUUGUGACAAUGAAGAAGCCUUGGCUGGGUCAAUUGGUAUUUGCCAAAGAUGCCAGUACCCUGGUCACACCGUCACCAAAUGCACUGAGCCUCGAUGUGUCUCUUGUGGGGAAGUAGGCCAUGCCACCGAUCACUGUACGACCCCCUUGGACCAGCGACUCAGCAAAGCGCAACAAGAGAGGGUGCGGAGAGAAGAGAUCCGCUAUGGCGAAAGAAGAGACAGAGCACGUCAGCAUCGAGCAGAAAAACAACUUGGUGAACACGACGCGCAGAUCCCUUUGGUGAAGACCUCAAUGACAAGCUCAAACUCGGUCACAUCGAGCAAAGAGAUCAAGAGAAAGCGAGAUGAGUCUUCUGGUAGUGAAUCGACGAGAGCCAAAGUGCCGAGAGCCAAACAAGAAAACAGAUCUCCAGCAUCUGGCGCGGUCAAUGUGCUCAAAAGUCACCCAAGCUUACCUCCGAGACCGCCUGGACAGGCCGCUCCACCGGGGCCAUCGGGUCAACCGCCAAAAUUUCCGGGUGGCCGUCCGCCUAUGGUGAGGAAAAAGAAGACCAACGCCGAUGACAUGUUCAUGAAACGAAGAUAA